AUGGCUCCCAAAAGUCGAUCUAAAAGGCCAAGCCUACUCUCCAAAGGCCGACCACCAACCGUCAAACCCAAACAGGCUGCAUUGUCCGCCAAAGCAACCCGCAAUCUCAUCCGAUCUCACCAUCAACUCCUCAAAGCCAGAGCUCAAGCUGAAAAGGCCGGCGAUGCAGCCAAAGUGAGCAGCAUCGAUGCUCAAAUCCAAGCCAAUGGCGGACUCGACAGCUAUCAAAUCGCCAGCAAGCUCGGUCAAUCCAUGGACCGAGGCGGUGAUUCCAGCAAACUCCUCAUCGACUGGAUCAAGCCUCAGCUGGAUCAAUGGAAACCGGAUUUACCUAAAUUGCGCGUUCUCGAGGUUGGUGCAUUGAGCACGAAAAAUGCUUGUUCGAGGACGCCGUCGUUGGAUGUUAGUCGGAUCGAUCUGAAUUCUCAGGAACCGGGUAUUCUCCAGCAGGAUUUUAUGGAGCGGCCGUUGCCAGCUUCGGAUGCAGAGCGCUUUAAUAUUAUCAGUCUAUCAUUGGUUCUGAAUUACGUGCCGGAUGCGACUGGCCGGGGCGAUAUGCUUAAGCGCUGCGUCGAAUUCUUGACGACUCAAUGUUCCAUCUCUUUUGUCCCGACCCUCUUUUUCGUCUUGCCUGUGGCAUGCGUGGAUAACUCACGCUACGUGACGGAGGACAGACUACUCGACAUUCUAUCCAGUCUGGGAUUCCAUCUGGUACAAACCAAGCGGAGUAACAAGUUGAUUUAUCAACUAUGGAAUUAUACGGGGGAAUCAUCACCUCGAAGUUUCAAAAAGGAGAUGCUCAACCCGGGUGCUAAACGCAAUAAUUUCGCCAUCAUUCUGCGAUGA